AAGGGAAAAGCUGACAGUGCUGCUGAGUGAGGGAGCGGGGACUGCAAGCGGCUGGGCUGCACACGCACACGGAUGCACACGGACCUCGACACGGACAUGGACACAGACACAGAAACCACAGCACUCUGCCCCUCCGGCAGCCACCAGGCCUCCCCCCCUGGGACGCCCAUACCAGAAACAGAUGCCACACUGCUGAAGAAGCCAGAGAAGCUGUUGGCAGGGUUGGACCGGGGUGGGCCACCACCGGCCCCAGGGGCACCCAGACGAAGAGGCAGUAUGCCUGUUCCCUACAAGCACCAGCUGCGGCGUGCCCAAGCUAUAGAUGAACUUGACUGGCCACCUCAAGCCUCAUCCUCUGGCUCCUCUGACUCCUUGGGCUCGGGGGAGGCAGCCCCCACCGAACAAGAUGGCAUCUUCAAGGUCAUGCUGGUAGGGGAGAGCGGCGUGGGCAAGAGCACCCUAGCAGGCACUUUCGGCGGUCUCCAGGGAGAUAGUGCUCAUGAGCCAGAGAACCCAGAGGAUACCUAUGAAAGACGCAUCAUGGUGGAUAAGGAGGAAGUGACUCUAAUUGUUUAUGACAUCUGGGAACAGGGGGACGCAGGGGGCUGGCUGCGGGACCACUGCCUUCAGACCGGGGAUGCCUUUCUCAUCGUCUUCUCAGUCACCGACCGACGAAGCUUCUCCAAAGUUCCAGAGACCCUACUUCGGCUCCGGGCUGAGAGGCCCCACCACGACCUCCCUGUCAUCCUUGUUGGAAACAAGAGCGACCUAGCCCGCUCCAGGGAGGUCUCACUGGAGGGACAGGCUAAGGGCAGACUCCCAAUACCCAUGUCUAGCGCCGGAGAACCCCUUCUCUUCACUCCUCACCUCUUCGCCAAGGCCCCUUUAUCUCCUUCCCUCGGCACCACCAAGACCCUCCACCUGAUCCCUGCCUGUUCUCAGUUGCAAGAGAUUCACCUGCCAGGACCCCUUUGUACUGCACAGCGGGCAUCUCCCCAGGCCCACCCUUGCCUGGCCACGCCCCGGGCCCAGUGUAGCCCGCGGGCUCCUCAACCUGUCCCUUCCUGUAGAGGGCCGCCACCUGGCAGGGACACUGAGCUGCAAGCACAUCGAGACGUCGGCGGCGCUGCACCACAACACGCGGGAGCUCUUCGAGGGCGCGGUGCGCCAGAUCCGGCUGCGGCGGGGCCGGAGCCGUGCCGGGGUCCCGCGGCCCGAGUGGGGCAGCCCCGACGGCCCCGCGCCGCCCGCGCGCCGCGAGAGCCUCACCAAGAAGGCCAAGCGCUUCCUUGCCAACCUGGUGCCGCGCAACGCCAAGUUCUUCAAGCAGCGCUCCAGGUCGUGUCACGACCUCUCCGUGCUCUGAGCCGCGGUCGUCAUGGCCACCGCGGUCGCCAUGGUCACCGCGCCCUCAGCUCACCCCUUCACCCCGCCCCGCCCCCGCCCGGCUUCCUUUGUGAAGACCGUCUAGUAAACCAAAAAGUCCGAGGGCGCGCGGGUGUGGCCGCGGGGGGCGGGCCCCCUGCCCCCAGCCCCUGGUGGGCGUCGCCCCCAGCCCUGCCACCACGCGUGCCCUGGCUACCUCCCCGCCCAAGAGCGCCUAGAAGGCGAGGACGCAGACCUGCGGGCGGGCGCGCUGCGGUCGGCGGGCAAGGCGGCUUCUGGCGGGCAGGAGGGGAUAUAGUUCCGUGAGCUACUUUGACUUUUAUUAAGUCGCGCUUGGCCACCUCUCCUGUAAAGAGACCCUAAAAGUGAGAACUGGAAAGGAGCUUGGUAGACCUCUUUACAGUUCUCUGCGCGAACACGCCUCAUCUUUAAGACAUCCUUAAAGGUAAAAACACUGGAGACGCUUCUUUGAGACUUUUCCCAAAACGUGCUGGCUCUUAUCUGCUGCACUUGUCCACUUUGCCUUUAAGAAGUUCUUAAAGGCAAAGGCCUGGAAGUGCCAUUUUUCAGAAUCGAUUCUGUGAUUUACCACUACAUCACGGCACUUCCCUUUUAAGGUUAUUAAAGGUAAGGUUUGGACAGACUCUUGCCUUCAGAUGCCAUUGUUAAGAGCUGAGCAGGCAGCACCCUGGGCCCAGGAGGCCCCAGCAAAAGAGCCACCCUUCCCUUUUCAAUAAAGAACUUUUCUACUACA